GUGCUUGACUUGUCAGGAAUCAGGACAAACCAGUUCUAGUGGCAUUCAGGGUUAAAGUCAGCACUGGAUCACGGCAGCAAACUCACCUUUGUCCACCCUCUGUCGGAAAAGAGAUGGCUAAUCCACAGGAGGAUCAAGCAACAGUCACUCCUUCCAGUGAAAUCCUACUACAUAUCCAGAGACAGAUCACAAAUGUGAACAAUACAGAACGAGGAGACAGUAACGGUGUAAAUACACGAGGGAUCAUCAUCGCUGUUUGCCUGCUGACCUUGGCUCUUGUUGUGCUGACCAUAUUCUUAGUCCAGUACUACAGACACGGAUGCUGCUUUCAAAAACCCAAGCUGACCUUUAGCCAGAAUGUUCUCAGAGACCUGAAAUCAAUCCAAUUGGAGUUUGACCCACCAUUCACCAUCAGUGGGAUGAUGAACGCUUUGGGAAACCCCAGAUCAGACCAACAGUUCCAGUAUCACAACAUGGAGACUUGUGACGAGGAUUUGUACCCAGCCAUUGCAGAGCAUCAUUAAAGGGGGUUCGAAAGAGGUGUGAGAUCGUCACUUUCGGGGACUGUGGGGAAACAAGAAACCUUAUUCUUAUUGAUUUUGUUUUGUGGUGUUGGGAUCUUGGAAUAGGGAAAUAAAACUUUCUUAAAAAUCCUAGGUGAAAUCUCAGCUCCUGCUGCUUGAUUGGAUUUUGCUAAGCUUGAGAUUUGUUUAGCAAUGGGCAGGGUGCCAUUACAUCUCAUCCAAACCAGCUCCACAGAAUGCGCAGUAACCCAACAUCACUCACCAUCCUGACUUGGAAAUAUCGCCAUUGCUUCACUGUC